ACGGGCGGCGUCGCUCCUGCUCCGUGCCCGACCUCCCCAAGAUGGCGGCAGCGAGCCACGCAACGCCCGCUCACCCGCCCUUCCCAAGAUGGCGAGAAGUGACGCGCCGCCCGCUCAGGACGGCUCCAAGAUGGCGGGCGGCGCGGAGCCCGAGCCGGGCCCGGAGCUGGAGCGGGUGGUGGAGGCGCUGGAGCUGUUCCUGCGGCCGCCCAGCGGGCCCGGGGAGCGGGAUGGCGGAGCCGGCCCUGGCCUGGAGAGCGCUCUACGACUGGAGACGCUGCGCAGCAACGCGGCGGAGCUAGAGGAGCGGCUGCGGCGGGCGGCGGGCUGGGCGGCGCUGCGCGGCCUACGCGAUGCUGUGCUGGCCCGGGCCCCCGCGCUGGCCGCCGGGGCGGCGGGGCAGGCGGACCCCAGCUGGACCACGGCCUGCGAGCUGCUGGCGCUGCUGCUGUGCCUGAAGGAGCGGCUGGCCGCGCUCGCCGCCGCCCCCGCCGCCCGCGGGGCCGGGUCUGGGGCCGCGCCGCCGCCCAGCGCCGACACGCUGAGCGUGGCGCAGGGCCGGGCGGUGGGGCGGGCGCUGCGGGCUGCCGUGGGGCUGGGGCUGCUGCCCUACCUGCCGCCGGGUGUGGGGCAGCGCCCGGGGCCGCCCGCGCCGCCCCCGGGGCCGCCCGCCGCCCGCGGGGCCCGGCUCCACGCCGCCGCUGCCGCCUUGGCCGAGCUGGCCCAGCACCCCGCGCUGGGCGGGCCCCUCCUCGCCCGCCACCUCGGCCUCCUGCUCGCCGGGCUCUGCGUGCUGGGCCAUGGCCCCCCUGCACUUUGUGAGGGUGUUUCGGAAGCAGAGCGAGCGCGGUGCCGGGAAACCCUGCGGCACAUCCUGGACCGCGUGUACCCACCGCUGGCGGUGCGAGAGCUGCUGAUGCUGCAGGGCCGGCACAAGCAGAGUCCUCCCGCUCCCGGGGAAGGGACAAAGCUGGCACGGGCCCCGGCGUGGCUGAGGCGGCUCUGCGGGCAGCUGCUCUCCGAGAGGCUCCUGCGACCCAGUGGGGUCCAGGCUGUGGUUCGGGGCAUCAUGGAGGGAACGGGCGGUGGUGCUGGCGCUGAAGCCGCAGCCGUGGACUGGAGAAAAUGCGAUGUGGUUGCGAAGAUUCUGGCUGCCUGUCCGCAGCAGUGCCUGUCUCUUGAGGAGUACUACAGGCUGGUGUGUCCCCAGAUUCUGGACCUGCUGCACAUCCAGGACAAGAUGACGGCGCGGCAGUUCCAGCGAGUGGCCACCAGCACGCUGCUCACCAUGGCAAGAGAGCACCCUCAGCUGGCGGAGACGCACCUGCUGCAGCCACUCCUGGCGCCGCUACUGCGCUGUGCGGGGACAGCAGAGCUGUCAGUGGAAGAUUUACCAGCAGGGACCGUGCUGGUGACAGAGGCCGAGCUCAGCACAUGUGUGGAAGAUGUGCUCAAGGUGUAUGUGGUUGGGAAUGACAGCUCGAGCCUGCUGCUGGGAUCCUUACAGUCAGUCCUGGGAGUGGUUUUUUCCCUCUAUUCUUUCGCCAAGCAGAAUGUGUCAUACUUACGCUCCCCGUGCCAGGAGAUCCUGCUGUGGUUCCUGGAGAAGUCGGAGCGGGAGGUGUCGCUGGCCGUGCUGGAAGGCUUCGCCGGGCUGAGCAGCAGCGUGUGCGCCCUGCACCCGCAGUGCCAGUUCCGUGCGGGCAGCGAGGGCGGUGCUGCCAUCGUGGUGGAGGAGCCCAUCAGUGAUGAAGAUGAGGCCCUGUACCAGAAGGUUUCCUUGGAGCAGUGCCAUGUGGAGAACUUGGUGGAGCUUGUGUCUCACUGCCAGAAGAGCGGGCUGGCUGGGGACUUCUUCAUCUGCUGCCUGAAGGCGCUGACUCGUGUGGCUGCGGAGGACGAGGCGGGUUUGAGCUCAGCUGCGGUGCCUGGGGGCAGUUUGCUGGAGCUGGAGCAGCUCCGCGCUGCACAGGGCAGGAACCUGCUGGUCCUGCAGCUCGUGGCCACGCUGUGCGAGAGCGUUUCAGACACCGUGUUCACAAAUAUUGCUCAGGUGCAGGAGUUCGUGGGGGCCGUGCUGCAGCGUGCCUGUGCCAGCCCGGCGCGGGGCCCUGGCGCAGCGGCCGAGGCUCAGACCCUGGCCAUGGCCAUGGGGCUGGUGGCUGCCAUGCUUGGUGGGGCCGUGCAGCUGCAAUCUGGCGACUUUGCGGUUCUGCAGCGGCUGGUGCCACUGCUGGAGGAGCUGUCCCGCACCUACCCCGAGCCCCUCACCCAGGAGCUGGCCACCGACCUGCGCAUCGCCAUCUGCACCCACGGUGCCUGCUCCCCUGCAACGGUGGGUGCUGCUGCUGGCAGCGUGCUGGGGAAGAAGCCAGGGAUGGGAGCGCAGACUCCUGCUGGUGUCCCCGGCAGAGCCCUGAGCCUGGGGGGUGGCCACAGCGGCCCCCUGGCUCCUGGGAAGAGCAGCGACAAGCAGAACAUGAGCCGGGAGCCCAGCACCACGAGUCCUGCUCCAGCCCCAUGUGCCACCAGCCCAGCCCCAGGGGGGCUACAGGAGCUGCUGGUAUCAGCGUACGACCCACAGCCCCCUGGCCGGGCGGCUGCCCUGCGCCAUCUUGCCAGCCUGAUCACGCAGAGGGAUCCAGAGGCGUUUCGGCUGCAGGAGAAACUGCUCGAGGUGUUCCUGGAAAACCUGCAGCAUGAGGACGCCUUCGUCUACCUGUCGGCUAUCCAAGGUGUGUCCUUGCUCUCCAGCGAGUAUCCAGAGCGGAUCCUGCCCAUCCUGCUGGCACAGUACGGCGUCCCAGCGCAGGGCACCGAGGACACUGCGGCCACUGUCACCCGGAUGAAGCUGGGCGAGGUGCUGAUGCGCGUCACCCGGGCACUGGGGGACAUGGUGUUCCGGCACCGGGAGCCGCUGGUCCAGGCCUUCCUGCGCGGUGCGCGGGCCCCUGAGGGUGCACUGCGGGCCAGCAGCCUCUCCAACCUGGGCGAGCUCUGCCAGCGCCUGGGCUUCCAGCUGGGCCCCAUCGUCCAGGAGGUCACCUCCUGCCUGACGGCCAUAGCCAAGAUGGAUCCCGAGGCUGAGGUGCGAAGAGCCGCCGUGCACGUGGUGGUGCUGCUGCUGCGGGGGCUCAGCGACAAGGCCACCGAGGUGCUGCGGGACGUCCUGCGGGACCUGUACCGCCUGCUGAAGCACGUGGUGAUGACGGAACCCGACGGCGCGACGGUGCUGCACGCCCAGCUGGCGCUGGAGGAGCUGGACACAGUGAUGAGGAGGGUCCUGUUCCCCCCCCAGACACUGGAGAAGAAGAUCGUGGUGCUGCCGUAGCAUGUGCCAGGACUGCAGAAAUGAACUCUUCCUGCUCUGGCAUCAGGGCUAAGCGGCUUCCUGAGAGGACGGGUUCACUGUGUCCCCAGGACACCACCGGCGGGUGCCAGUGGGGAGGAAGCCACAGCCUAGAGAGGGUGGGGUUGCUGGGUCGAGGUGGGAGAUUAAACGGAGACUUGCUCAGU